GUUUAAAAAUAUUGUUUACAGGAUCCAAACAUUAGAGAUAUAUUUUCAUAUUAUUCAUGAAUUUAUCACAAAAAUUUAUUUGAUAAUUCAAUGAGAAGCUUUUUUUCAUUUUGUUAAUUUUAAAGCUCGCUCACCACUGUUAUCCUUCUCAUUAUUUUGUAAAAGUAAAUUCAGAUGGCAUUGAAUAAAAUCUUUCUGCUUUCAUGGAUCACGUUUCACUUUUUUGGUUUGAGGUUAUCUUGUUGAAGUCAGUGUUAGAAUUAAACUGUAAAAAAUAAAUUUUGCCUUAAAAAAUUAAUACGGUAGUUUCCUAGUUUAGUUUUGUUCUAAUAAAUUUUAGUACUUAAGUAUAUCUCACCAAAUCUUAUGAGAUGAGUAAAAUUACAAAUGAACAAAUAGAUAAAAUUGGUCAAGUAUUGAAUGAUCAACAAAGACCACUAAAAGAAAGAUUUCGAGCUCUUUUCACUUUAAAAAAUAUUGGUGGAGAUCAAAGUAUAACUUGGAUUAGCAAAUGUUUUGAGGACCCUUCAGCUUUAUUAAAACAUGAACUAGCCUAUUGUUUGGGACAGAUGCAGGAUGUAAAUGCUAUACCAAUUUUGAUGAGUGUUUUGAAAAAUCAUCAACAAGAACCAAUGGUUCGCCAUGAGGCAGCUGAGGCGCUUGGUGCCAUAGGAAAUGAGAGUGUAUUAUCUGUAUUAGAAGAAUUCAAACAUGACCCAACCAUAGAAGUGGCGGAAACGUGUCAGCUCGCCUUGGCAAGGCUGGGUUGGUUGAAAAACAAUUCCUGUACAGGGAAGAAAAGCAUCUAUUAUUCCGUUGACCCUGCACCACCAUCCGAAGAAAAAGAUGUGGAAAGUUUGAAAAAUAUGCUUCUCGAUGACAGAGCCACCCUUUUCGAUCGCUAUAAAGCCAUGUUUGCACUCAGAGAUUUGAAGACCGAGAAUAGCAUCAAUGCUCUUUCUGAAGGUCUGAGCGUGGGAAGUGCGCUAUUUCGCCACGAGGUUGCGUUUGUGCUCGGACAGCUUCAAGAGGAAUGCAGCGUUCCCGCUCUAAUCAAGGCCCUCGAGGACAAAUCGCAGAAUGAAAUGGUGCGACAUGAGUGUGCUGAGGCGCUUGGAGCCAUUGCCACUGAUGACUGCCUCAAAGUUCUACAAAAAUAUCUCAAUGAUGACAAACGGGUUGUCAAAGAAAGCUGUGAAAUCGCUCUAGAUAUGUGUGACUAUGAAAAUAGCCCCGAAUUUCAAUAUGCUAAUACAUUGUUGGAGGUUUCAUGAUAAAACCGUUAUUGUUAAAAGUUCAAUAAACUCAUUAACAAUAAGGA